GCUGGUAUACAGUUUAUGGGACCUAGUGAGUCAGCUAUGUGGUUGCUAGGGGAUAAGGUUGCUAGUAGUAUAGUAGCUCAGACUGCUAAUGUUCCAACUUUGCCUUGGUCAGGGUCAAAUCUAAAGGCUGAGACUACGAGUGAGGGUAAGAUACGAGUGUCCAGUCUAAACUCCAGAGGAGAACUGUUCCGGAAGGGUUGUGUCAGGAAUGUUGAAGAAGGAAUAAAACAAUCUGAAGAAAUUGGAUUCCCAGUCAUGAUUAAAGCCAGCGAAGGAGGAGGAGGGAAGGGUAUACGGAGAGCCAUGACAGCAGAAGAGUUCCCAAACCAGUUCAGAAAUGUGCAAAUGGAGGUUCCUGGUUCUCCUAUUUUUAUCAUGAAGCUAGCCGCGAAUGCUCGUCACCUUGAAGUCCAACUACUAGCGGACGAAUAUGGGACAGCAAUCAGCCUUUUCAGCAGGGACUGUUCAAUUCAGCGGCGUCAUCAGAAAAUAAUUGAAGAAGCUCCUGUAGUAGUUGCUGACAGCGCUGUAGUAGAAGAGAUGGAGAAAGCAGCUGUCAGACUGGCUGAACUGGUUGGGUACAGAAGUGCAGGAACUGUAGAGUAUCUUUACGAUAAUGAUAAAAACUUCUACUUUCUGGAGCUUAACCCUAGGUUGCAGGUUGAGCACCCCUGUACCGAGAUGGUUGCCAAUGUGAACCUUCCUGCUGCUCAGCUUAUGAUAGCUAUGGGAAUACCUUUGCACAGGAUUAAGUCGAUCCGUUCCUUGUGGGGUCAAAAUGAGAGUUCUGAGAGUCCAAUGGAUUUUAACAUUAUGACUAAACCCUCUCCUUCAGGUCAUGUUAUCAGUGCCCGUAUAACCAGUGAGAACCCGGAUGAAGGUUUUAAACCAACCUCAGGCACAGUCCAGGAUCUAAACUUCAAGUCCAGUAAGAAUGUGUGGGGAUACUUCAGUGUAUCUAGCAGUGGAGGACUUCAUGAGUACGCAGACAGUCAGUUCGGACAUCUGUUCAGUUGGGGGGAGAACAGAGAGAGAGCUAGAGAAAAUCUGGUUGUAGCCUUGAAGGAGCUUUCUAUCCGGGGAGACUUCAGGACCAUUAUAGAGCAUCUGAUCAUGAUCUUGGAGAAGCAGGAAUUCCAGGUCAACAGCUUUAACACUGGUUGGCUUGAUGAGCUGAUCGCUGCGAAGGAACAAGCUGAGAAACCGGAUCUAAUGCUUAGCAUUAUCUGUGGUGCUCUUAGCAUUGCUCAUCAAACUAUUCUCACCAACUUCCAAUCCUUCAAAACCUCGCUGGAACGAGGGCAAACCCAGCCGGCCUCUCUUCUAGGUUCAACGGUUGAUGUUGAUUUAAUCUACGAGGGAUUCAAGUACCAUGUUACUGUGACUAAGACUAGUCCGAUUAUGUACUGGGUCGAAAUCAAUGGGUCGCAUAAGGAAGUUGAGGUUCACCACAUGAGUGACGGUCUGCUUCAUCUUUGUAUUGAGGGACACAGCUACAACACGUACAUGCACGAGGAGGCAGAGGGGUACAGGGUGGUGGUUGGAAACCAGACUGUGGUGUUCGAAAAGGAAAAUGAUCCAAGCAUUCUAAGAGCAACAAGUCCUGGAAAGCUGAUCAAGUAUCUAGUGAUGGAUGGAGAACAUGUGGACCGGGACCAGGAGUACUGUAUCAUUGAAGUCAUGAAGAUGUCAAUGACUCUACGAGCGAGAGAGUCUGGGUUAAUCCAUUUCACAAAGCGAACCGGUGCAAUUCUUGAGACUGCUAGUAUAAUUGCAACCAUGACCUUGGAUGAUCCAAGUCAGUGUAUGCGAGCAACUCUUAACACUGAGAUGGUAUUCCCAAGCAGUCAGGACUCCCCAGCCGGACCCUUCUCCCUACACGAAGAGUUUAUGCAUGUCAGAUCACAGUUGGAGAACGCACUAGCUGGAUACAGUUGUCCAGAUCAGUAUUUUGAAUCAGUCAUUCGGAAACUUGUCAAGGACUUCCUGCGACUUCUCCAUGAUCCCCGCCUGCCCUUAAACAAUAUGAAUGAUGUUAUGUCAAGCAUCGGUAGUCGAUUGCCCAAUGAUCUCGGCCGAUUAAUCGCCAAGUCCCUGAAGAACUAUGAGCAAAACAUAACGAGCGUUAUUGCUCAGUUUCCGUCUCAGAGAAUAACGAACGAGAUUGACAAGAUAAAUGCUCGGCUACCAGCUGGAGAACGAGAUAUAUUUGAGAUGACAAUAGCGCCUGUUGUUGAGGUUUGCAAGAAGUUCCGUCAUGGUGUGCGGGGAAUGCUGAAGGCGCAGACCCAUUAUCUCAUUUCCAAAUAUCUAGAGGUGGAAGCAUACUUCCAGGUUGGACAGUAUGACAAGGUUGUGAGUCAGAUGAGACAAAGUGCUGGACCUAGAGCAGAUAUGAGCAAUAUAGUCGAUAUCAUAUUCGCACACAAGCAGUACAGGAAGCGGAACUUUGUGAUCACUUGUUUGUUGGAGGAACUGUUUAAACAGGAAGCUAGACUUAUGUCAGAGUUAAAACCAGUUUUAACAGAGUUGACCACCCUUGUCAAACAGGAGAACAGUACUGUCUGCCUUAAAGCCAGAACCAUUCUUAUUGCCUGCGAGAAACCAACCUAUGAUCUUAGGUAUAAUCACAUGGAGAAAAUGUUCCUUGAUGCAACAAAUAAGACAGAGGAUUCGGCCACAAAUCUUCAUAAGAUGAUAACAGAUGAAUCGGCCAUAUUUGACAUUUUGGGAGAUUUCUUCUACCAUGUGGACGAUGCGGUGUGCCAGGCCGCGUUAGAAGUUUAUGUACGCCGCGCAUUUAUCUCUUAUGAUCUAACCUGUCUGCAACAUCAACGGUUACCCCAGGGACAAACAGCUGUUCAUUUUCAGUUCUUGCUCCCUCAAUCUCAUCCUAGCAGAUGUUAUCACAACGUGAAAUCUCUGGCACCAUCGUUUGAAUCUCCGAUGUCAUUGAGAGAGAAUUUUGAUGAAUGCCAGCGCACAGGAGCCAUCUGUGCUUUUGACAACUAUCAGGAGUUUCUCAACGAUCAUGAGACCAUUCUGGAAAUGUAUGAUAACACACAGGACCAGGAUUAUGAUUCAAGGUUUGGUUUCAAUCCUGGAACUCCCAGAUCUUUUGAUGAUCGAGGAGGAUAUCUAGGAGGUCAGAAUGAAGAACGAGAACCAACCAAUAUACUGUAUGUAGCGGUAAAGUUUCCAGCUGAAGAGUCUGAUGAACAGAUAGCCAGCAAACUUGAUAUAUUCUGCCAGUCCAGGCAUGGUUGGCUGUUCCAAUCCCAGAUCAGACGGAUUACAUUCAUCAUUCUUGGGACCAGAUCAUUCCCACGCUACUUUACAUUCCGGUCGAGGAAGGAGUUCCAGGAGGAUCGGAUAUAUCGGCAUCUUGAACCAGCGCUUGCCUUCCAGCUUGAGCUCAACAGACUUAAAAACUACGACCUGGUUUCAAUUCCUACUGCAAGUCAAAAGAUGCAUCUUUAUCUUGCGAUGGCGAAGGUUGCACGUGGUCGACAGGUAAGCGACUAUCGGUUCUUUAUCCGGUCCAUCAUCCGGCAUUCGGAUCUUGUAACUGCAGCAGCAUCGUUUGAAUACAUGAAGAAUGAAGGAGAACGGCUUCUACUGGAGGCUUUAGAUGAACUUGAAGUAGCGCACUCGCACGAGCAGGCCGGUCAAACUGAUGGAAACCAUAUUUUCCUUAACUUUGUACCAUGCGUUACUAUGGAUCCUACCAUCAUAGCUGAAGACAUCCGUGAUAUUGUUUUGAAGUAUGCUAGUCGACUUCUCAAACUCAUGGUUAAAUGCGCUGAAAUCAGGUGUACAGUACGAUCCCGUCCAACCUCCCCUCCUACCACGCACAGGAUAUGCAUCAACAAUGAGAACGGAUAUGUGCUAAACAUCAACAUGUAUCAGGAGGUCACUGAUCCAAACACAGGAGUCAUCAAGUUCUCCUCAGUAGAGAAGAUGGGGUCUGAGAAAGGUCCUUGGCAUGGACUCCCCGUGUCUACUCCCUACAUGACUAAGGACCACCUGGAGAUGAAACGAAGUAAAGCCCAGGCAGCUAACACCACCUAUGUCUACGAUUUCCCUGAAAUUUUCAAGAUAAAUGUUGCAUCUGCUUGGAAGGAUUUUGUCACUACAGCCCGGAGCCCUGUAAAUCCUCCAAAUCCGUCUGACAUGGUCACUGUUGUUGAGUAUCAUCUGAACGAUCAGGAUCGUCUAGUUCCUGUCAAACGGUUUCCUGGAGAGAAUCUGCUAGGGAUGGUUGCCUGGAAAAUGACGCUGAAAACGGUAGAGUUUCCAAAUGGUAGAGAUGUUAUUGUAAUUGCCAAUGACAUAACAAUUGAAAUUGGGUCGUUUGGUCCCAGGGAGGAUUUGUUAUUCAAGGAAGCAAGUGUUCUAGCGAGAAAACUCGGUAUCCCCCGUAUUUAUCUGGCUGCAAACUCUGGAGCUAGAAUUGGAUUGGCCAAUGAGGUUCGGGAAAAGUUUAACGUGGCCUGGGAUGAUCCCACGGACCCGGAGAAGGGUUUCUCUGGACUCUACUUGAGCCCCGAGGACUACCUGGAGCUGCAGAGUAAAGGAGAUAUAGUGAGAGCGGAGUUAACGACCGGGAACCAAUACAGGAUAACCGAUAUUCUGGGGAAAGCAAAUGAUAUUGGAGUCGAGAACUUGGCAGCGGCGGGGAUGAUCGCUGGAGAAACUGCUCAGGCCUACAAUGAAAUAGUUACAAUAAGUAUGGUCUCUGCUAGAGCAAUCGGGAUUGGAGCUUAUUUGGUGAGGCUUGGUCAGCGAGUGGUUCAGAUUGAAAACUCUAGUAUUAUACUCACAGGUGCUGCUGCUCUUAACAAACUAUUGGGUCGCGAAGUGUACACCUGUAAUACCCAGCUAGGUGGUGUACAGAUAAUGUACAACAAUGGUGUAUCCCAUAAAACAGAGCGGAAUGAUUCUGAAGGGGUGGGACGGAUGCUACACUGGCUCUCCUAUAUGCCGGCCUACAAAGGAGGUCCUCUACCUAUCCUGGAGUAUAAAGAUACCUGGGAUAGAGAGGUUCAGUUUACUCCACCACAAUCCAGGAACGGAAACCUUGAUCCUCGGUUCCUUAUUACUGGAACGGAUGGAGAAUUAGGACUAUUUGACUCCGGGUCCUGGGAUGAGAUUCUCCAACCUUGGGCUCCAACUGUAGUUGUAGGACGAGCAAGGCUUGGAGGGAUACCCCUGGGUGUUAUUGCUGUAGAGCAAAGAACAGUUGAAGUGACUCUUCCUGCUGACCCUGCUAACGCAGACAGCGAGGCUAAGACGGUCAGUCAGGCGGGUCAAGUCUGGUUUCCGGAUUCUUCAUUCAAAACUGCUCAGUCUGUGUAUGAUUUUAACCGUGAAGGAUUACCCCUUGUAAUCCUGGCAAACUGGAGAGGAUUCUCAGGAGGGAUGAAGGAUAUGUUUGAUCAGAUAGUAAAGUUUGGUGCCUGGAUUGUUGAUGCUCUGCACCACUAUACUCAACCUAUCCUAGUUUAUCUUCCUCCUUGGUCAGAACUCAGGGGUGGUAGUUGGGUUGUUAUAGAUCCAACUAUAAACCCUGGUAUGAUGGAAAUGUAUGCCGACCCUACUGCUAGGGGUGGAGUACUAGAACCUGAAGCUACUGUGGAGAUUAAAUAUCGAGCAAGAGAGAUCCGUCGGACCAUGGAACGGUUGGAUCCUGAGAUGAAACUGCUAGCUGAGCAGCUCAACCAAGCAGUUUCAAACUCUGAGGAGAAGAUGAACCUUGAGACAAGGUUCAAGAGGAGGGAGGAGAUGUUGGCUGGAGUUUAUCAUCAGAUCGCUGUCCAGUUUGCUGAGCUUCAUGAUACCCCUGUGCGUAUGAAGGAGAAGGGAGGAGUAAGGGAGAUUAUUCCCUGGAGAAAUUCCCGUAGGUUUCUAUACUGGAGAAUGCUUCGAAAAAUUAGAGAGACAAAACUGUCGGAACAGGUCCAGCAGGUUCAAGCUGACCUGGAGCAGAAUCAGCUAGCAGCCAUGCGUAAGCGUUGGUUUGUCGAGGACCAUCCCGGUCAACCUCAUUUAUGGGAGGAUGACCGCACUGUAGCGGAGUGGCUGCUCGGUCAGAUCAAUCCGAACUCGAAAUCUGUGUCCCAGGAUAACAUUAAGAUUCUAAAAAGAGAUACACUCAUUGCAAGCUUGAAAAAUCUUACACCAGACCUUGCUCAAGAACUAGGAGUUCAUCUUGUGCAACGCAUGAGCCCUGAAAAGAGAGCUGAGUUUAUCGAAUCUAUUUCCUCGAUGAAGGAGGAAGAAGAUGCAACCAGUGUCUCAUCUACUGAAGGAGAAAUUUAGAGAGAACUAUCUAAUACUCAGUCUAUUUACACCUACAAGCCUACGACUAAAGCGAAGACCACAAUACUCAACUAUUCCACUUGUUUUCGCAAUUUUACUAUGCAUACGCAUUGCGCAUGCGCUAAUAAAUCAAUUUCCGUCACGUGCGCAAUUAAAUUAAUUUCCGUCACGCUUAUGCUUAUACUUAUGCUUACAAAAAUGCUUUGAAAAAGUGUCAUAAUUUUUCUAUUUUACUUGAAUAAACAACGAGCUUAAAUUGAACAAAAAGCGCAAAAUAUUUACAAUUUAAAAGUAACAUUUUAUUGAACCUUAAAUAUUUUUCUUUUUUCAUUCCUAGUCGUGAAAUGUAAAGUUAUAUAGUCAUUUGUUAGAUUUAAAAUUAUAUUGAGUCAUUUAUAUUUUAGUUUUUGUUUUGUUUUUAUCUGUAAAAGUAUAUAUUAUAAUCAUAUUAUAAACGGUCUAUUAUGGGAGCUUUGAAAAGUCAGUCCACAGUUGAACGUUGUUCAUCUGAAAAUUAUUGUCAAAAUUUUUAAUCAGAAGUAUUGUAAAAUCUAACUAAUCAACAAAUUGUGAUAAAAUU